CAUCAAUAAGCGCUCUCAAUAAUAAAUUACCUCACUGCGCGACGCAGAGUGAAGGUGGAGCGCGGGAUUGCCCAUCUUCAAGUGAGAAUGCAGUCGGCAAACCCAUGGGAGCCGGUAGUAGCGAACCCAGCAGCCUGUUUCCUCGAGCGGUGCGUGGGAAGGGGAUUGUUGACACAGGAUAUCUUAGAAUUAAACAAGAUAGAGUUUGGAAACACAGUGCCAUUUGUUCAACGCUUCAGACUAAUAGAUGAAAUUUCACACACCAGGGCAGAACUUGAGCAGAAAUCUCUGGAAUUAAAGCUUCUGAAGUUGCAGAAUGACACCGCAGAUAUCACCCACCCGGUGUGUUUGACUGAGAAAUACAGUCGGCUUCAGUUGAUGAACAGCCACUUGGAGGCAAUCUUGCAGGUGACAGUGUCACUGAAACAGCGUUUGGUUCAGCCUAUUUGUCAUCAGUGCCUGCCUGUUGAAGCCAAUUGUCACAGAUAUGUCUCUGAACUCCUGCCUAUGAUGGUUAAGUUUAUUGAGAAACUGGACUCCAAUCUGCAGCUGAUAAGAAGCACCCCUCGCGUGUCCGUGAAAGUGAAGCUGAUGGAAAACCUUGUUGCCAGGAUGGCGUCUGAGGUACUGGAACUGAAAGAAGUGAUGGAUUUUAUCAUGAGGUGGAGAGAGCAGCAGAAGACUGGAUUGGAGAGCCUGGGAAGCAAAUGAUGACUCUGCUUUCCGAUUGGGAAGUCAGUAUCACCCAGAGAAUUGGGCCAUUUGAUACGAGUUUUUGAGUUCCCAGAUUUGAAUGUGUGAACUCCCUAUGGAUGGUCUUAGCAACAGUAAUAAACCAGUGUUUGUGACUGGACAACCACUCAGCUGACUCUUUGGGACAUCAGUUGUGGGAAGUGUCUGGGCAAACUCUGUGAGGUAACGCAAAAUGGUGAAAAUGCUUAGCGUCCGUGGAGAGAGCAGAGGAGCUAAUAUGUCAGCUAAGAACCCUUGGUCAUUCCCUGUAGUGCUGCCAGUGUGAACGUCUGACAGAUUUUACUUGGCAGUGUCUGUGCCUGCUGUUGCACAGGCAGUGACUGCUUCUUAGGUACAUUUCCAUGGGUACCAAUGCUUCUCUGGUUACUCAAGCAACCAAUCUUCAUGUCAGUCCACACAGGAAUAGCAGGGUUAUUUUAUAGUGUAGCCAAGUCCAAUCUUGUCCUCCUCUUAUGUCCAUUCCUGUACAAUUUUCAGCCAGAGCCACCAAAUCAUGACGAGGAGGAGAACCAAGACUGUUGUUCCCCAGCCACAACUCUUUGUCCCCAACUGGAAAUGAAACCAGGGCCUUUCGCUCAGUGUCUUUAAUCUUUAGACAACUGGGGGAUCUGUUAUCCCAGGUAAAUAGGGUCUUGUGCAGUGUCCGAUCAGGAUAAAAUGUCAUCAGAGAGAGCCAGCCCCAAACACAUAGCACAUAAAUGAAUCCUUUAUUGUUGAGUACAUCAUCUUGUAGAAUUUUAUGCUCCCAAUGAUGAUAAUAGUAAUUAUGUGAUGAUAAUGGUAAUAGUUUCACACACAUUUCUUCUAGUCAGAAAUUGGCUAAGAUUAUGCUCAAUUGUAAAUAAAAGUCUCUUUUGGCAUA